GCCUUUCAAAUAAAGAAAGAGAGAUCUUUCAUCCGUCCUCUGGUUUACUCCCCAAAUGCCUGCAACAUUCAUAGCCAGGCAGACCUAAAGCCAGCAGCCCAGAGCUCAACCCAGAUCUCACACGUGCAGGAAGGGAGCUGUCUGAGCCAUCCCUGCUGCCUCCCAGGCACAGGUCGGCAGGCAGCUGGAUUGAGAGGAGACCAAGGACUGACAGGCGAGGUGUGGCUUACCCAGCUGCGCCAGCACGCCCACCCUGGAACGUUUCUAAACCAUCCUGUCAAAGCCUUCCUCUCACCUGCUACGGACAGCGGCUGGCUUCCUUCCUCUCUGCCCGCACCCCGCCUCUCACCAUGCAGGACAAGGAGUACGUAGGUUUCGCCGCCCUCCCCAACCAGCUGCAUCGCAAGUCCGUUAAGAAGGGGUUUGACUUCACACUCAUGGUGGCAGGGGAAUCAGGCCUGGGGAAAUCCACCCUCAUCAACAGCCUGUUCCUCACCAACCUCUACGAGGAGCGGCAGGUGCCAGAAGUCAGCGCUCGCUUGGCCCAAACACUGACCAUCGAGCGCCGGGGCGUGGAGAUCGAGGAGGGCGGUGUUAAAGUGAAGCUGACCCUGGUGGACACGCCUGGCUUUGGGGAUGCAGUGGACUGCUCCGACUGCUGGCUGCCCGUGGUGCGCUACAUCGAGGAGCAGUUUGAACAGUAUCUCCGGGAUGAGAGUGGCCUGAACCGGAAGAACAUCCAGGAUUCCCGAGUCCACUGCUGCCUCUACUUCAUCUCGCCCUUCGGCCGGGGGCUCCGGCCCCUGGACGUGGCCUUCCUGCGGGCAGUGCACGAGAAAGUCAACAUCGUCCCUGUCAUUGGCAAGGCAGACGCCCUGACGCCCGAGGAGACCCAGGCCCUCAAGCAGAAGAUCCGGGACCAGUUGCAGGAGGAGGAGAUCAACAUCUACCAGUUCCCGGAAUGCGACUCCGAUGAGGACGAAGACUUCAAGAGGCAGGAUGCAGAAAUGAAGAACAGCAUCCCUUUCGCGGUUGUGGGUUCCUGCGAGGUGGUGAGGGAUGGCGGGACCCGACCAGUGAGGGGACGCCGCUACUCCUGGGGUACCGUGGAAGUGGAGAACCCACACCACUGCGAUUUCCUGAACCUGAGACGCAUGCUGGUGCAGACGCACCUGCAGGACCUGAAGGAGGUGACGCACGAUCUGCUUUACGAGGGCUACCGGGCCCGCUGUCUACAGAGCCUGGCCCGGCCCGGGGCCCGAGCCAGCCGCAGUAAGCUCUCCCGCCAGAGCGCCACGGAAAUCCCUCUGCCCAUGCUGCCCCUGGCCGAGACGGAGAAGUUGAUCCGCGAGAAAGACGAGGAGCUGCGCCGCAUGCAGGAGAUGUUGGAGAAGAUGCAGGCCCAGAUGCAGCAGAGCCAGGCUCAGGGCGAGCAGUCGGACGCUCUCUGAGGACCCCCGCCCCGGCCCUGACUUACCUCGGCUCCGCCUUCGGUCUCUCUCUCGUCCAAUCCUGGGUCCUACACUGCCCAGCGCCUAAGCCCGGAGCCCCCCGCCGGCAGACCCGCCCUGGCGUCCGCUUUGUUGCGGGCUCCCGGGCCGAACGCCUGCCUCUCCCCCGGCCCGGAGUUGGCGGCCCCGCCCCCGCCCCGCCCCGUCCCCCGGCGCCGCCCCUCCGGGCCCGAGCGUUCGCUGACUGAAUAAAGACGGCGCGCCCCCCA